ACAUACGAAGUAAUGCUAAACAAAAUAUUUGUAGAAGUGAAAAAUGCGUUUAGACAAUUAUACCAAUGUAGUGAUUGCAUGAAAACUAAAACAAUCUUACUACGAUGAUAGAUUGACUUUAAUAUAACAUAACAUUUUUACGAAAAACUUAAUAUCUUGUAGAUUUGUUAGGUAAAAUAAACGUAUAUUUUUAAUGUGCCAUUACAGAAAGAAUGAUUUUGUAUUAAAUAUUUAGUCGCAUUUACGUGUAUAAUUCAGUUCCCUAAAGACGGUUUUACGCUGCAAUCAUUAUGAAUUCGUUCAGGUUUUGCAGCGAUUGCAAGUUAUGUUUGCUGAUACACAUGGAUUCAAGAUUAAUAAGAAUUCUGUUAUAAAUUAAUAAUUGUAGAAAAGGACAUGUUUGUUUAUUUGAAGAGUCAUACAUUUUUAAAAUGGCCAAGACAAUUUUGGAUUUGCAUUUACACAUACAAAAAUUUUCAGGUAUUAGAAAUGGGAAACAUUUCAUAUUGACCCUUAUUGCUGGUGUGAUAUUUGGAUUUCUCUCAGCAUGCCUUUUAAUAACAUCUACAAGAGAUGUGCCAUAUAUGUUUAAUUGGUUUCCUGGUGGCUUCAUGGUUGCCAGAGACCCACAUCAUUAUUCAGAACUGGAAUCAGAAGUUGGACCUGAAACGGAGGUAAAGUUUCAUGGUGAAGAUGAAGAUUUCCAUAAAGGUGAGGAUAAAGUUGCACAAGAUAUUGCAAAAAAAGUACGUGUUCUUUGCUGGAUCAUGACUGGUCCAAAGAAUCAUCAAAGUAAAGCGCAACACGUGAAAGCAACAUGGGGCAAACGUUGUAACAUCCUCUUAUUUAUGAGUUCUGCUGAAGAUGCAAAUUUACCUACAAUUGUUCUACCAGUAAAAGAAGGAAGGGACAACUUGUGGGCAAAAACCAAAGAAGCAUUUAAAUAUUCUUACGAAAAGUACAAAGAUGAAGCUGAUUGGUUCAUGAAGGCUGAUGAUGAUACAUACGUAGUAGUAGAAAAUCUACGGUAUAUGCUGUCCUCUUAUAAUCCAAGUUCGCCACUGUACUUCGGCUGCAGGUUCAAACCGUUUGUGAAGCAAGGAUACAUGAGUGGUGGGGCAGGAUAUGUACUUAGCAAGGAGGCCUUGAAAAAAUUUGUGGCGGAUGGUUUGCACGACAAAACUAAGUGUCGUUCGGACAAUGGAGGUGCAGAGGAUGUGGAAAUGGGAAAAUGUUUGGAGAAAGUCGGCGUCAAAGCGAUGGACACUCGAGAUCCACAUGGCCGCGGAAGAUUUUUUCCUUUUGUGCCAGAGCACCAUUUAAUACCCAAUCACGUGGAUAAGGAUUUCUGGUACUGGAAGUACAUUUAUUACAAUACCAAAGAUGGCCUCAAUUGUUGUUCCGAUAGUGCGAUAUCGUUUCAUUACGUGUCGCCUAAUAUGAUGUACGUCCUUGAGUACUUAAUUUAUCACUUAAGGCCAUACGGCAUCACGCACGCCGUGGAGAAACUUACUGUGGAUCAGUCGACUACCGUAUCGAUUGAAUACUAGUCUUUAAACUAUUUUAACUGGGACACUUUAAGCAGUGAUGGGCAGUUUCCAUUUUGCAAAUUUCGGAACUUAAGACGUUAUUAAAAGUGAAACAUAUUUGAAAAUUUUGAAACAUUUAUAGUGUUAAUGAAUUUAAAGUACUUGAAAGUUUCGAAAUUCUCUGAGAAUGUCGAAGGUGAUAGAAAUACACAAGAGUAUUAGUAUACCAGAUUGUAUUAAAAUUAUUUUCUAUACGAGUUAAAAGUUGUAGCCAUUACGUAAUUGCUUAAUCUUUUGUAACCUUUGAGAAUUUUCGAAAAUUAUAAAUACCAUAGUACUAUUUAAGAUUCGAAAAGUUUUCAACAGAGGUGGACAGAAUUUUAUUCGAUUAUAUCGAUCUAUCGAACGGUCAAGUUAGAGAAGUAUUGUGUUCGUUUAACCUGAAAUUUUAUUCGACCAGUAACGAGUGAAAUGCUUGCCUUUUAUUCAUUUUUAGUCAGAUAAGAAUUUUGUCCAUCUCUGGUUUCCAACUACUAUUUUCAAUAACAUUUAAAGAGUUACUUCAAACUUUCAUUGCAUUCCUCUUAAGCCCAUCACUAUCUAUAAGCACCAACAAUCAUUUUUUACAUUCUUUUUUUUUGCUUUCAUUAUACAAUGCUAGUCUAUUCAGGCCAACGAAUUAAACGUUAAAUUUGUUCACCGAAAGAUAAAAUGUGUUAUAUACAGAGUAUUUCGUUAUAUAUAUGUAAUAUUCGAAAUAUUCUGUAUACUAAUGAGGUUAAUUAUAAGAGUAAGAUGGGGUGUAUGCUACAUAUAAAUGUUACAAGCAUAUCAGAAAUGCUGUGAAUAAUUUUAUCUUUUGUAUCAUCAAGUUCUGAUGAUCGUUGAACUUACAGAACAAGGAAUAGUAGCAGUAUGUAUUAAGUAUAUACUAAAUUAAUUAUUAUUCAAUCAAUGAUA